AGCAUUUACCGGUAAAUAAUUAUCCUUGUAUGAACAUAAGAUUUUUUUGUCUUCUUCAAGAAACAUAUUUCCAUUUUAGUCAAAUGAAUUGUGAAAACACGAACGUGGACGGUUUACCAGAGAAGUACAAGGUAGUACAAACAAAUACUCCAUGACUUUUCCAGCACUUUACCAACGCAAUGGCACACGUCACCAACAAGCAAAAAAAGUGGCCAUCGACUUUUCCAGCACUUUACCAUAUACUAUAAAUAUAGAUACAUAGAUACACCAAACCAACCAUCUUCAAAUUGAAUCUGCAUAUUUCCCUUAUCAAUUCUUUCUUAGUUAAUAACAUCAAUAAUCAGUAACUUAAUUUAACAAGUAUCAUGGAUGCUGCUGCUACUAUUGUUGAUCCAAUUGCUCUUCUUACACCUUACAAGAUGGGCAAAUUCAACCUCUCUCACAGAGUUGUUUUGGCACCACUCACUAGAAUAAGAUCCUACGGCAACGUUCCUCAACCUCAUGCUGUUCUCUAUUACUCUCAGAGAGCAUCUAAAGGUGGUCUUCUCAUAGCUGAAGCUACUGGUGUCUCUGACACUGCUCAAGGCUAUCCAGAUACACCGGGUGUUUGGACUAAAGAGCAAGUGGAGGCAUGGAAACCUAUUGUAGAUGCUGUUCAUGCCAAAGGUGCUACCUUCUUCUGUCAGAUUUGGCAUGUUGGAAGACUUUCAAAUUCAGGUUAUCAGCCAAAUGGACAAGCACCGAUAUCUUCUACGGACAAACCACCCACAAGCAAUGAUUUUGAAAAUUUCACGCCACCGAGAAGGCUAAGGACAGAUGAAAUUCCUAAUAUUGUCAAUGAUUUCAGACUUGCCGCAAGAAAUGCUAUUGAAGCUGGUUUUGAUGGGGUGGAAAUCCAUGGAGCUCAUGGCUACCUACUUGAACAAUUCAUGAAAGAUCAAGUGAAUGAUAGAACAGAUGAAUAUGGUGGAUCUCUGGAGAACCGUUGUCGGUUUGCUUUGGAAGUUGUUGAAGCUGUGGUGAAUGAGAUAGGAGCAGACAAAGUUGGAAUUAGAUUAUCACCUUUUGCAGAACAUUCAGAAUCUGGAGACUCCAAUCCCACAGAAUUAGGACUUUAUAUGGUCAAUGCCCUGAAUAAAUACAAUAUUCUUUACUGUCAUGUGGUGGAACCAAGAAUAAAAUCUUCAAAUGUAACAGUCGAAAGUCCUCACAGCCUUGUGCCAUUGAGAAAGGCUUUCAAUGGUACUUUCUUGGUUGCAGGAGGUUAUGAUAGACAAGAUGGAAUCAAUGCUAUAGCUGAAAACAAAGCAGACCUCGUUGUUUACGGUCGUCUGUUCUUAGCUAAUCCAGAUUUGCCAAAGAGGUUUGCACUUAACGCUCCUCUCAACAAGUAUAAAAGGGAGUCAUUCUACAUUUCUGAUCCGGUUCUUGGUUAUACCGAUUAUCCAUUCUUGAAUGAAGAAAACAAUGUUGUAGCAUAGAUGUGUGGAACCUCCAUAUUAGAUAAGCUUUUUUCCACUUGCACAUUGAUUUUGUAGUGAAGUUGGUCACUGGAAUAAAAAUGAUUUGUCUUCUUGUUUUUACCGUA